AUGAACGAACUUGACAGCCUACGCCAGGAGGCGGAAACACUCAAGAAUGCCAUCCGGGACGCUCGCAAAGCAGCAUGCGACACGUCGCUUGCGCAGGCCACCGGCAGCCUGGAGCCGAUCGGGCGCAUACAGAUGCGUACGCGCCGCACUCUGCGCGGUCACCUCGCCAAGAUCUAUGCGAUGCACUGGGGAAGUGACUCCAGGAACCUAGUGUCCGCCAGCCAGGACGGCAAGCUUAUAGUGUGGGACAGUCACACGACGAACAAGGUGCACGCGAUCCCGCUCCGCUCCUCGUGGGUGAUGACCUGCGCGUACGCACCCUCCGGCUCCUACGUAGCGUGCGGUGGACUGGACAACAUAUGUUCUAUUUAUAGCUUGAAAACGCGCGAGGGCAACGUGCGCGUGUCCCGCGAGCUGCCCGGCCACUCCGGCUACCUGUCCUGCUGCCGGUUCCUGGACGACAACCAGAUCCUGACCUCCUCCGGAGAUAUGACCUGCGCCCUGUGGGAUAUAGAAACAGGACAGCAGUGCGGCCAGUUCACCGGACACACAGGAGAUGUGAUGUCGCUAUCCCUCGCGCCGGACCAGAGGAGUUUCGUCUCUGGGGCCUGCGACGCAUCAGCCAAGCUAUGGGAUAUACGCGAUUGUCAGUGCAAGCAGACCUUCCCGGGACACGAAAGUGAUAUCAACGCGGUCACCUUCUUCCCAUCAGGAUUUGCGUUUGCAACUGGCUCGGAUGAUGCCACCUGUCGCAUGUUCGAUAUCCGCGCAGACCAGGAGUUGGCAAUGUACUCGCAUGAUAACAUCAUCUGCGGCAUCACGUCGGUGGCGUUCUCGAAGUCCGGCCGUCUGCUGUUGGCUGGAUAUGAUGAUUUCAAUUGUAACGUGUGGGACUCGAUGAAGAGCGAACGUGCUGGCAUCCUCGCUGGCCACGACAACCGCGUGUCGUGUCUUGGCGUCACCGAGAACGGGAUGGCCGUCGCCACCGGCUCCUGGGACUCGUUCCUCCGCAUCUGGAAC